AUUGCACUUGACUUUCAACAUCGACCAUCUCCAGCCACUCUUCAUCGUCGCCCCACCUCCUUCCACCUAAACACCAUCCAUAAUGCCUGAAUCGCGUGAGGACUCUGUCUACCUUGCCAAGCUCGCUGAGCAGGCUGAGCGCUAUGAGGAGAUGGUCGAGAACAUGAAGCGCGUUGCGUCUUCCGACCAGGAGCUCACCGUUGAGGAGCGCAACCUCUUGUCUGUCGCGUACAAGAACGUCAUCGGCGCGCGCCGCGCGUCCUGGAGAAUCGUCUCCUCCAUCGAGCAGAAGGAGGAGUCGAAGGGCAACGAGGCCCAGGUCUCCAUGAUCAAGGGCUACCGGGAGAAGAUCGAGGGCGAGCUCGCAAAGAUCUGCGAGGACAUCCUCGACGUCCUCGAGAAGCAUCUCAUCCCGUCGGCCGCGUCUGGCGAGUCGAAGGUCUUCUACCACAAGAUGAUGGGUGACUACCACCGCUACCUCGCCGAGUUCGCGACUGGCGACAAGCGUAAAGACAGCGCCGACAAGUCCCUGGAGGCUUACAAGGCUGCGUCUGACGUUGCCGUCACCGAGCUCCCGCCCACACAUCCCAUCCGCCUCGGCCUCGCCCUCAACUUCUCCGUCUUCUACUACGAGAUCCUCAACAGCCCCGACCGUGCUUGCCACCUCGCCAAGCAGGCGUUCGACGAUGCCAUCGCCGAGCUCGACACCUUGUCCGAGGAGAGCUACAAGGACUCGACCUUGAUCAUGCAGCUCUUGAGGGACAACCUCACCCUAUGGACCUCGGACAUGCAGGACUCUGGCGAGAAGCCCGCCGACUCCAAGGAUGAGGCCCCCGAAGCGCCGGGCGACGAGUAAACGCUUUUUACCCGUCAUGUAUAUCCCGUCGUCGCAUCGCACUUGCAUGUCCUCCAUUCAUUGGAACGUUGUCACGAUCGCUCUGUUGCAUUGACCUUCUUUCCAUCUGAGUUUACCUAUUUUUUAUUUCCUUCGUAGUUGUGGCUCGCGGUUUAUCAAUCAAAGAAUCAGAAGUCAUCUCCCUGUAGUGAA